AUGGGUGCAGCAAAGCCGGCCCUGACCAUCCCCGGCCUAUAUUCACGAGGAUGGCGGCGCUGGGAAGGCCGCUUGCUUGCAGGUCCCGCACUGGCAAGUGCACAGUUGUAUGCAGACGUAGGCGUCGUCCUGUCCUUCGACAGGACGAAGAUGACAGCCCAAGUCUUAUGGGAGGGCUCAGGGCGCGCGCACUCGCACUACCAGUAUGGCAAGUCAAAGGAGCUCAUGCUGCACGUGAGCGGCAAAAGCACACUUGGGACGUCACCUCUGGGGAGGCGCAACUCACAAGCCUUCUUCGCAGACAAGGCCCAGACGCUCCUCAUCUUCGACUGGGACGACACCCUCUUCCCCACCACCUACGUCCGGGAUGACCUGGACUUGAGUUGGAACAAGCCACUCAAAGAGCAGUCGCUGACGUGGGCGGAGAAGGCCGAUGUGGGGAAGAAGCUCGAACAGUGCGCAGCGCAUGUCGUGGAGCUCCUCAAGAGCGCUUGCAGCUUCGGCAAGGUGGUUCUGGUGACCUUGGCGCGCGCGCCCUGGGUCUCCGAGUCCUGCAAGAACUUCUAUGUCUCGGUCGGUCGGCUCAUCAACCAGCUCAAGGUGCCAAUCGUCUACGCCCAGGAGGGAAUCCAGGUGGACUACAGCAAGUCGCAGAUGUCGUCAGACGAGGAGAUCGAGCGAUUUUGGAGUGCCGUCAAGGGCAAAGCGAUCGCACGCGAGUGUCGGCAGUUCUACUCCCAAUACGAGGGCCAGAGCUGGAAGAACGUGAUCUCCAUUGGGGACUCCGAUUUCGAGCGGCUGGGCACGCAGAGUGCCAUGGAAGACUACAUGAAGGAGAGAGGCAUCGAGCAAGAUGGUCAGCUUGUGGAUGUGGGCGGCCACAUGUACAAAGUUCGUACCAAGACGUUCAAGAUGGUGGAUGAGCCAACGAUCGAAGAGUUGACGGUGGAGGUGGAGAUGCUCAAGGCAUGGCUUCCCCUCAUGGUGAAGCUGGACAGCAGCUUCGACGUCAACCUCAACAAUGCAGACGACCCUGAAGUCCUACAGUCCAUAGAAAAGACUUUGCGCGGCGACAAGAGCCACUGA